UCCCAUUAGCCGCCGCUCCUUAGUUGUUCAAUAGAACCUUCCUUUGAAAAUUUCACCUUUCACAUGGUCAAACACUACGAUUUUGUUUUCAUAAUGAAUAAAACCACUUCACCUCCAUCUUCUCAUUUUCCAUCCCCUGCUUCGUUCCCCUGUUUCAUCCCGAAAAUGAAUCCCCUUCUUCCAUCCAGGUCUUUCUUCUUCUUCUUCUUCUUCUUGUUCGUCACCCUCGUCUUGAUCCUUGCUUCAAGACCCGCUUUUGCCAUGGAUGAACAUUAUGUGAACUGCGGUAAGACGAUCUCAUGUGGAAACAUUGACAACAUUGCUUAUCCAUUUUGGAGUUCAGACAGGCCGGAAUACUGUGGCUUCCCGGGGUUUGAGCUGAACUGCAGUGGCACUGAUCCAGAGAUCACAAUCUCCUUGGCAACAUAUCAAGUUCUCCAAAUCAACGAGGAGUCCGGAGUUCUCACCGUGGCCAGAGCUGAUUAUGAAGACACCCUUUGCCCCAACUCACUCAUUAACACCACCCGGAUUCCUGAUCUCUUUGAAUAUAGCUCCGAUACUCUGAACAUAACCCUGUAUUGCGGUUGCCCCACGGUAUCAAAUCAGAUCAAGGGACUCUCCAACCAAUUUGAUUGCGAUAUGAACGGAAACCCCUCCUGUUACUACCUGGCGAGAAAUUUCAGUGGGUUUGAAGGGGAUCCAAUUGUGACUGAAGUCACUUCCUCCUUGGGUAGAUGCAGUAACAGCGUCAUUCUGGCUGCAAACAAAUCUGAAAUUGGGUCCCUAGAGACUACUGUGAGUCCGAGCUCGGAUGCUCUGAUGAAUGCUCUGUCAAAGGGAUUUGGGUUGGUGUGGAAUGCAAAUAAUAACUUGUGUGAUCGGUGCACAAAGUCUGGCGGAAACUGUGGGUAUAAUACGACUUACAAUAAGUUUUCUUGUUACUGCACAGAUAAGCCUUAUGAUACCGCCUGUCCAGGUUAGUCUUGUUUCUUAUUUCUCCAGCUAAAUCUCCUCUACUUAGGAUGUUAAGGUGAUAGGUUGCUUGCUCUUCAUGUCAUAUAUAUCCCGUUAGAUACAAAUUCAUUGUGGUAAAGCGAAGAGGUGUCACAUAUACCCUAUCAACUAGUUUUAUUGUCAAAAUCGUAAGGUCGUAAUUUGAAUGGUAAGAUGUUAGGUAAAACUACCAUUUGGUAAUUGGUCAUUUGGUAUUGCUUUUUUGUUUGUUUACCUUGAUAAAUUCUUAGUCAAUUGAUCGUUUUAUUACAAUAAUGGAACAUAUCUUUUGAAAUUUUUAAUAAAAGAAAGUUGGCCCACCCUGAUGAAAGGUCCAAAAGGAGGUCCUUAGGAUCAAGGCGGUUAGAGCUUACCUAACCUGGGUUCAAAAAGUCACCAUUACCGUCAUUCAAUGAGCUCAUCUAUAUUGCUAUUGCUAGGUUACUACUUACUACAAUUUGUUUCAUUUAAUUAUUCAACUCGAGCACUCGAGAAUUUUCCA